AAUGGUGAGAGGUGAGAGAAAACAGCAGCAUUUAAUGCAGACAUGUUUGUAUUGACUGCCAUAGUAAAUGAGGAAUAGAUGGGUUCUUAAGGAUUUGCCUUUAUUAUACCCUAUUUUACUACUUCUACUACUGCUACUACUAGCUCAGUCUCAGAGAGAGAGAAACAGAGACCCAAAAAGAGUGGUUGGUGUAUAGUCAUAGUGGUUGGAGCUGAUUCUUGCAGUUUCGUCUCGUGAUUUUAUAUUUAUAUCUCUACUUUUUUGUUCUUCCCUGCAGUUUUCUGAACUAGUUAAUGGUCUAUUUUUUGUAUAUUAUUUUUAUUAUUGCUUUUAGUCUUUGGGUAAUGCCGAGUUUGUAAUAAUAUAUCUUUCUGUUUUGGGGGAAUUUUUUUAGUUUUGUUGUCUUUGGAUGAAUCUUUGGUGGGGUUGAAACAUGGGUUUUGUUUAUUUUAAUGAAUUUUCAAAAGGGAUGUUGUUAAAUUCGAAUUGAAGCCACCUCCUAAUAACAAUGGACCAUUGGAGAUGGUAAAGUUGGGGUUUUUCUUCUCUGAUCGCAUUUAAAGGUAGUAAAGUAAAUGCGUCUCAGCGUGGCAGCUAAAGUUUUGCUGUGUGACUAAAUCUCUAAAGCUCUGGAUUCGAUUUUCAAAAUCAAGUGUUCGAACUUUGAAGUUUGAUCUCUCUGUGAACUCGAGGGACUCCUUUUGCUUUUUUUUUUUUAUUUCCCUUCUGCUUUACUUGGAGGUUUUAGCUUCUCGGGUUUGAAAUUGUACUUUGCCUUUAGCCUUCUCGAACUGGGUAUCAGUCAGAACUGGUUUUAGUGCGUGAGACUAAAAAAAACAACAAAACAGAAAAUUGGCAUUCAUGCAUCUUUCAUUAUGGAAGCCUAUAUCUCACUGUGCUUCUCUAAUAAUGGAGAAGAAGACAAGGAGGAGAGCCGGUUCUGGUUUGACCGGGGACGCCAAGCGCAAGCCCUCAAUUCUCCGGCAGUUACAAGAGAACAAGCUCAGGGAGGCACUUGAAGAAGCAUCUGAAGAUGGGUCUCUCGUGAAAUCCCAAGACAUCGAUUCCGAGACGCCAAAUCAAGACAACAGCUUUGGGCGGUCGAGGUCUCUUGCUAGGCUCCAUGCUCAGAAAGAGUUCCUUCGUGCUACUGCUCUUGCGGCUGACAGAAUCUUUUCCUCAGAAGACUCAAUUCCCGACCUUCAUGACGCCUUCUCCAAGUUCCUCACAAUGUACCCCAAGUUUCAAUCUUCUGAAAAGAUUGAUUAUCUGAGAUCCGACGAGUAUGGCCAUCUUGUUGAAUCGUUUGCUAAGGUCUGUCUUGAUUACUGUGGAUUUGGGCUAUUUUCGUAUCUACAGACUCAACAAUACUGGGAGUCAUCCGCUUUUACUUUGUCCGAGAUAACUGCGAAUUUGAGUAACCAUGCUCUGUAUGGAGGUGCCGAGAAAGGUACUGUUGAAUAUGAUAUUAAGAGUAGGAUUAUGGAUUACUUGAAUAUCCCUGAGAACGAAUAUGGCCUUGUUUUUACUGUUAGUCGAGGAUCUGCCUUUAAAUUGCUUGCUGAUUCUUACCCUUUUCAGACAAAUAAGAAGUUGCUAACCAUGUUUGAUCACGAGAGCCAGUCAGUGAAUUGGAUGGCUCAGAGUGCCAAAGAAAAAGGUGCUAAGGUUCACAGUGCUUGGUUUAAAUGGCCGACCCUGAAACUCUGCUCUAGGGAGCUGAGAAAGCAAAUUACAAACAAGAAAAGAAGGAAGAAGGAUUCUGCCACUGGACUCUUUGUAUUUCCUGUCCAGUCUAGAGUGACUGGGGCCAAGUACUCUUACCAGUGGAUGGCACUUGCUCAGCAAAACAACUGGCAUGUGCUGCUUGAUGCUGGGUCAUUGGGUCCCAAGGACAUGGAUUCUCUUGGGCUGUCUCUCUUCCGGCCAGAUUUUAUUAUAACAUCAUUUUACAGGGUAUUUGGAGCUGACCCAACAGGAUUUGGCUGCCUUUUGAUUAAGAAAUCUGUAAUGGGAAAUUUGCAAAGUCAAGGCGGGCGUACAGGGUCUGGAAUGGUGAGAAUUCUCCCAGUUUUUCCCCAGUACCUUAGCGAUUCCAUGGAUGGUCUUGAUGCUUUAACUGGAAUAGAAAAUGAUACAGCCAAUGGGGAUGAAGAGUUGUUGCCUGAAACACAAGGGGGAUCUCAGAUGCCUGCCUUUUCAGGUGUCUUCACCUCCAACCAGGUCAGGGAUGUCUUUGAGACCGAUGUGGAUCAGGAUAACAGUUCAGACAGGGAUGGGGCAAGUACCAUUUUUGAGGAAGCCGACAACAUUUCAGUUGGUGAAGUUAUGAAGAGUCCAAUUUUCAGUGAGGACGAGUCAUCUGAUAAUUCUUUCUGGAUUGAUUUGGGUCAGAGUCCAUUCGGGUCUGAUAAUUCUGGCCAGAUGAUGAAACAGAAAGCUGGAUCACCUUUGCCACCAUCAUGGUUUUCCAGCAGAAGAAAAGUUAAGGGUCUCUCUCCAAAAGCAACAACAAAAAUGUUAAAAAGUCCAUUGUACGAUGACAGGAGAGUAAACCGGCAUGAAGAUCCUGUAUUGUCUUUCGAUGCAGCUGUUUUAUCAGUGUCACAGGAAGUGGAGCGUGUUAAGGGGAUUCCUGAAGAAGAGCAGUUUGUAGAAACUGAAACUGCCUCUGGGGUUGGUAGAGGAUAUGCUAAUUCCUUUUGUGUUGGGGAGAUCGAAGAAGAAUCGAAAGUCAGGCAAAACACCACACCCAUUCAUUCUGAAUUAAAUUCUGGUGCAAAUAGAUUUGGGGUAAGGAACCAGUCUUCUAUUCAGCAAAGUAGUCUUGAUGCGUCUUCAACCUCUGAAAUUUGCCAAGAAUCUAAAGGGAGUGCUAUAAGAAGAGAGACAGAGGGUGAGUUCAGAUUGUUGGGGAGGAGGGAAACAAAUAGAUUUUCAGGUGGUAGAUUUUUUGGUGUGGAAGAGAAUGAUCAACAUACAAGCAUGGGUAGCAGGAUAUCUUUUAGCUUGGAAGAUAACCACAAAGGAAAUUUGACCCACCCUUUGGAGCCUGGUGAAGCAUCUUUCACCAACCUAGGUGAUUACGAGUCUAUGAGCGACGGUGAAUAUGGUGAGGAGCAAGAAUGGGGAGGGAGGGAACCCGAGAUCAUCUGCCGCCAUCUUGAUCACAUCAAUAUGUUGGGUCUGAACAAGACUACCCUCAGACUUCGGUAUCUUAUCAAUUGGCUUGUUACCUCCCUACUUCAACUCCGGUUACCUGGUUUGGAUGAAGAUGCCUCAGUGCCUCUUGUGCAAAUUUAUGGACCAAAGAUCAAAUACGAAAGGGGGGCAUCAGUUGCGUUCAAUGUAAGGUACAGCAAUGGAAGAGGGCUAUUUCACCCGGAAGUUGUACAGAAGUUGGCUGAAAAGGACGGGAUAUCUCUUGGCGUUGGCAUUCUUAGCCAUGUACGGAUUGUAGAUAACCCAAAACAGAAAAAUGGAGUGUGUGACCUUCAAGAUACAUCUUUGUGCAAACCAAUGGCUAAUGGCCGUCAAGAUGGCAAAGGUAUGUUCUUUCGAGUUGAGGUUGUUACUGCAUCACUAGGAUUUUUGACCAACUUCGAAGAUGUUUAUAAGAUGUGGGCUUUUGUUGCCAAGUUUCUUAAUCCUUCUUUUGUUGAAUUGGAUGGACUAUCUGAAGUCCCAGAAGCAGCUUCAGAAACCUAAGAGUGGGAAAUUUAUACUGAUGUUUUCUUACCUUGCCCCUAUUAGCCAUUCGCAAUCUUUGAAUUUGUUUAUUCUUGCUCCUUUUUAUCUUUGGAUGUAUUUUUUGUACUAAGGUUGUAGAGUUUGCCCAAGUAGUAAAGAUAUAUCAGUUCAGGAAGUUUUUAUUGACAAACAUAUUUCCCAGUCCCAAAAGUCCAAACGAAUGAUAAAACAAGAAAUGGAGGGAAAGAAAAAAGAAACUCACACAAACACAAGUCACCUAUGCCCUUUUUGUAAAUUAACUACUUGUUUUAUAUUGUUAAGAGUA